UCACACUAAGAAGACGUAAACGGAAGUGAACAGUGACCGUUUUUAUUGUUGUUAUUUAAACAUUUAUUAACACCCUAGAAAAUUCGAGUCUUUAACUGCACCGCAUCACAUACUUACCCCACGUAGUGUUUAAUUCGCGUUUCAGACAGGACUUAGUUAAUAGAUGUUAUCUAAACGCUAGCUUGCUAACGUGAGCUAAAAAUGUCUAACUGUAUGGCUUAUCACGCUCAAAUAGCCUCCAUCAUGGAGGUUCUAGCGAAUGCAGCCGUGGCAGAGAUAUGUAAAGUCGUAGACGACGAUUAUGCACUGUUUCGUUUGGAAAUAACUCAAAGCCAGAAAGAAAACAGAGGAUUGCGGAGGAAACUACUGGAAAUGAAGGUCGCACGGGAGCGCGCAGAAAGGAUAAUGCGAGAGCGCGUCCUCGCCAGUCGUCCCAGUAGUGUCAAGAUCCUCGACCGAUACAGAGGAAUUGCAAGAGGUGAAGGACAUCUCACUGGAGGCCACAGGAGCUUUUUGAAGCCGGUGGGACACAACACAUGGAGAGAUGACCAACCAAUCACUGUUGAUGAGGGGAGUGGAACCUCAACCCAGCACGUUAUCGUGAUAGAGUCUGCAGAUGCAGAGGCUGCAGGUCCUGGGGUCAAGCAGGAGAGGUUUGAAGGAGAGGAGGACUUACGAUACAGCAGAGACAACCAGGCUGGAGCGUCUGGAUUGCCCCCUGUAGUCACGGAAGACCCCACUACCACCACAGUGCAGCCAGGGGCCCGACUCAGCAUCGUUGAGGAGGAUGAAGGUCCAGAGGUGCUGCUGGUGAAGGACGAGGUGUGUGAAGAGAGUCUGAGGAACACUGAUGGAACCAUGGUCAUGGAGGACAACCAGACGACACCACCUCCUGAACCCACAGAGGAACCAGCUGAGCAGCACAGGACCACACACAGUCUCACUGAGUCAGUAGACAUGGAGGAUGGGAAGCCUGAUCUGCUGCUGGUAAAAGAGGAGACAAUAGAAGACGGACCAGAGAGCAUUGACCUGCUGAGUGGACUAAAGAUGGGGGAGCAAGGUGGCUGGCUGGAGGCUAUCAGAGGAGACUGGGUGGCCGUCUUGGAUUCCCAGACGGGUGCAGCCAAGGGCCCAGGGGACGACGUCACUGAGCAGGUCCGGACCAGAGGCGACAUAGUAGAGACUGCAGUCCUUGAAGACCUGCUGAUAUCCGGUGUUACUGGCGGGAGAGACUGGACCUCUGAAGUGGAUGGUCACAAACCCUGGCAACAGAUCAGGAACAUGGAUCAGGAGCCGUCGCACUUCCUUCCCGAGUUGGAAAAAGGACCCAACCGUGAGGGACAGAGACUCAACCACCACACAGAACACAACCAGUGGACAGGUGGACUGAACAACCUCAGUCAUGGUGGUCAUCAGAGAGACGGAGGCUCCAGUCAGGGAUCCAGUCUGCAGUCCAGACCCUUCUCUUCACAGUCUCAGUGCGGGGAUAAAACAGGACCUUGGGCUGAUAGACCCUCCUGUUCCUAUGAUACACACACCACAAUAUCCAUGAUGAACAGUGCAGGUCACCCUGGGCUUCAGCCUUCACAGAGAGUGGUGGGAGACCCUCCUGGUGGGAGUCUAACAGGAAGUCUGUCUUCUCCUUCAGGGUCUCAUCUAAUCCCUGGUGAAUGGGUUCACAGAAGACCUGGGUCUAGCCUUCCUCAGUUACCUCAUGGUUACCCCACCAAUACAGACAGGGUCGGGUUGAGCACUCACCAGAAGAAGCACCUAGCCUACAACACAACACACAAUCCCAACAACACCCAAACAAUGGCAAGAGGUCACGGAGGGAGCUCAAAGAAUAACCACCUGAGGGUGGUGACUCCCGUUUCUACCUCUGGUGUCAUUGGGUCACAACGUGGGAGGCCGAGCAUUAGGACGGACACCGACAAGCCGUACGUCUGCCCCACGUGUGGGAAGCGCUUUACUGAGGCGAACUAUGUGAAGCAGCACCAGACCGUUCACACCCUUCAAGUGCAGACUAAACUACAAGAGCUUAUCAGACAUAGGAGUGUCCACAACGGGGAGAAAUCGUAGCAGUGUGUCUUCAGAUGUACGCAGGGGAUGUCAGGGAAUCACCUUUUAGCUGACAUAUUAUAGUUAUCAUGUGAAGUGUCUUGGGGUAAGAGUGUAAUUAACAACAUACCCCCUCAUUAACACUUUAACUUGUUUUUAAGAGACAGUACAUCAAGGCUCGAACAAGGACAGUUUAAUAUUGACCUUACGGAGGUGAUGUCAAUGGAAUAAAUUAAUUAUAUUAUUUUCUACUCUAUUCUUGCUAAACACACAGUUCUUUCUAAACAAGUUUGCUCUCAGCUUGAAAGAUACUGACCAUAGGAGAUUUGAUGUGUAAUGUAAUAAGCAGUACCGUAUUUCAAAGAACAGGGUAAAUAACUUUUUCAUUUAACCACACCCUUUGAACUAUUACGCCAACCAAUAAGGACUACAGCCUUAACUUGUGGAUUAUGGAGAGUCUAUGCUAAUGGUGCCACGUCAGUCACCCUACUCACUUGCACAGGUUCACCACAAAGGUGUCACCCCUCCUUUUUACAUUUUCUACACCAAUGACUGAGUGCCCACGCCAACCGCCAUUUUGUGAAGUUUGCCGAUGACGCAGUCCUCAGGUCAAUCCUCUCAAGAGCCUGACCAUGGCCCAGCCAUCCAGGACUUCAUUGACUGGUGUGGCAGUACGCCGCUGGAGUUGAAUGUCUUUAAGACAAAAUACAAUUAUUGUACAAUUAGCCCGCCAGUACAAUGAUCAUUGAUGGAGAAGGAGGUGGACAACAUGGACCAGUAUACAUAUCUUGGUACCAUCUUUGAUAACACCCGGAAGUUUGAGCAAAACACAGACGACCAUCAUCAAAAUAGCAGACACAAUACUUCCUCAGGAAAUUGAACUCAUUAAGUAUCCACAAAUCAAUAUCGCAAUCCUUUUCACAGUUCUUUCAUCGAGAGCAUUCUGUGUUGUCCUUCGUAUGCUGGUUUACAUCCCUCUCUGUCAAGAACAGAUACUGCCUUCAAGCCUUUCAGAAGUCUGGCCUCAUUCUUUGAGCAGCAGGCCAGGAGGAAAGCCUAUGACAUUGUGAGGGAGAGCACUGUGUCCUCAACCCGCAGUCCCAUCUACUCCCCUUUGGAACAUUACUUGUGCUUUCUCAAGUGUUCCACCAAUAGGUGCAGGGCGUUGUUUGUGCCCGAGGCCAAUCGCCUGGUUAACAGGAAAAUGUAAUGAAGACCUAGGGACUAUUCUGGAGAUAAUUAAUGGCAGGGCUAAACUAAGAACUGUGGCUACCAUGGACUUAAAAUGGCACCAUGCACUUUUAACUGAUGCCUUAGUUGUUGUAUUUUUGUCUCCUACUUAAAAAAAAAAAAUACUGUGUGUGUGUUUGUCCUGUCUGAAGCACCGUCAGCCCUGAACGAAUUGCCUCUCGAGGAUGAAUAGUUGAAUUCUAAUUUUUGAGAAGUAGAAUUGUUGCGGUUUUCUUUUUCUUUUGUGCAUCCUUUGCCCAGAGGCAGCGGGCUCUCCAUGUCACACUCCUCAGGAUCGACCUGUGUCGUGCUUUGCUCUCUGGAGCAGGUAGCAUUGAGUGUAGAGGUGGAUCAACUGAAAAUGAAUAUUUCUGGUGUUUGUGAUGCCCGCCGUUUGUUGAGACGUAGAUCCGGUGGCAAUGGCAAGACAGGGUAUUCUCAAUCUGUCUUGAACUAUGACACAGAGUUUCUACUGAUAAGGUCAGGUUAUAUUUGCUAUUCUGUGAGGCCUAUGUUCCAAACCCGCUAUGGUGCUUUUGUUGCAAGGAUUCAGACAUGUUGCAGCAAUGUCUAGAAGGGAGAUCCCACAAUGUGAGAAAUGUGCAGGAGGGCAUAGUCAGAGUGUUGGGAGUUGGGAUAGAGAAAGCACUGUGUCAACUGUGUGCCCUGUGAGAGAGAGAGACAGGUUGAGAUUGACAGAAUUUGAGUGGUGCAGAAAGUGUCCUAUGCUGAGGCAGUGAAGAGAAUAGAGGACAGCCCAAGGGUGAGUGAAUAGGCCUGAAGAGAGAGCUCCAGAGAGGAUGAAUGUUAGUAAAAUAGGGUUUCUUGCAUUUAUUGCUAUGGUUAACUGUCCUGCACUGAUGGAGUGUAAAUCCCAGAAAAUACAGGUAACUGCCAAAAUAAUGGAAACAAUUGAGUAAAUGAGGGAUGCAAAGUAUAUUGAAAGCAGAUGCUUCCACACAGGUUUGGUUCCUGAGUUAAUUAAGAAAUGAACAUCCCAUCAUGCUUAGGGUCAUGUAUAAAAAUACUGGGUAGGCCAUUAUUUUGGCUACCGUGGCUAUGCCCCCAUAGGGUGACAUUGUCCCCAUCCACAGGGCACAAGUGGUCACUGAAUGGUUUGAUGAGCAUAAAUUGUGUAAACCAUAUGCCAUGGCCAUCUCAGUAACCAGAUGUCAACCAACUUGAACACUUAUGGGAGAUUCUGGAGUGGCGCCCGAGACUUUUCCUGCACUAUCAACAAAACACCAAGUUAUGGACUGUCUUAUGGAUGAAUAGAUGUCACAUCCCUCCAAUAGAUUUCCAGACCUUUGUAGAAUCUAUGCCAAGACGCAUUAAAGCUGUUCUGGCUCCUGGUGGCCCAACGCCCUGUUAAAGACACUUAUGUUGCCGUUUCCUUUAUUUUGGCAGUUACCUGUAGAUGUGGCAGCAGCAGAUAUAUUUCUGGUUGUAAGAGAUUUUAGAAGAUCUACUACAGGGGGUUUAAAGAAAAGGGGACCAUCCUUCCAGGCUGUUGGCCAGGGGGCUCAUUUAUAAACCGUGCAUAUACAAAAUAUAUCCCAAAGGGAGAGUGCACCAGUUAAUUCAAAGAUCCAUAAGAGGAUGCACACGGGGGUAAAACCGUUCGGCUGCCACCCCUGCUGGGCCAGUUUCUCCCUCCUGUCCAACCUGAAGUGGCCCACACUGGAAAAAUCCUACAGCUGCCCCCAGUGUGAGAGAGAUUCUCUCAACAGCACCAGCUGAAGAGGCACCUGAAGGUUCACACGGGAGAGAGGACGUUCGCUUGUAAGAACUACGGGAAGAGGAUGCACACGGCCCAUGUAUAAUAUAUGUAAUGUAGUAUUAGUAAGUUUGUAGUUCAUUCUGUUGAUUUUGGAUGUAGUUGGAUGAGCUGGAUGAGGUGAACAGAGGAAAGAAUGAGUAGAUUAUAUGGUGAAGGUUGGUGUAAUGGUAUCUGUAAAAAUACUUCACUGAUAAAGUGAUCAGAUGCUGGUAUUUUAUAAAGAGUUUAAAAAAACUUGACAAAGUAGUCUAGAUGUGUGUAAUGUAAUGUUUAACAUUUUCCAAAGUAUUCUAAGUGGGGGCACCAGAUUUACAGAAAUGCUAAAGUGUUAGCAUAGUGUGAACAGUUAUGUAGAUGUAAUAAAGUAAUUCAUUUUCUUUCUAA